CACCCUUGUAGCAAUGUUAGGCAGCAAGAAGUGGAUGCUUCCCAUAGUUUGCUCGGUUUGAAAGGUCCCCAUAGUCGUCAGAAUUGCAACACACAGAGGAUUCUUCUACGAGUUCCACAUGGCGCCAAAGCGAACUUCUCUUGGAGAGGAAAGAUUCGUCGAGAGUUUGACCUCUUCGAAGAGAUACCAUGGCUUCAUCCGGUGGUAUCUGCUAAUGAUUAGAACUAUGAGCAGUGACAAAUGAAAAUGGACCAAAGCUCACAAGUGACAGAUCGAAGAUUCCAGGUUGAGCAAAAAUGGAAAUUCCUCGAGGUCAUAUGAACUGGGAAAUCAUGAGCGGUAAAAGAUGCUUGACGAGCAUAAUUGAGAUGAUGAUGGCGCUACUCGGUUCAUUGUGCUCGUCACCACUUCCAUGGAUGCGAGCGAGCACGCAAGGAUUGCUGAUUUACCCCUUGAAGGCUCGAAGUGAUGGGGUAGCUGCGGCAUAGGAUUUUCAGGUUAUGAGGUCAUAGGAUUAGGGGCCUCAGAGAAUGAGAAUGUUCAGACCCAGAUUGUGCGCUGAGUUGAAGCCGAAGGUCGCGGCGACUGGGAACGGGGGCCGCACAAGAUUUUCCUGAGCUUAUGGUCGCUGGAUGAUGGCGGAUCAAUUCUCGUGUCCUGGUGUGCCGGGCGGGAAAGAGCGACCACUUUCUGGCAGACUGCAGUAGAUUUCGAGACACACGCAGUUCACUUACGGAGGAGGAUUCGGGCGACGACAAUUACGGCGAGGACAAAAGGUGCGGCCAAAGUGGGUACCAGAUUCAUCGAAUCACGAGGAUCUGGAUGCGGCAGAGGGCUCGUCGGUUCCUCAUUGGCUCCAUGAGAACCUUCAGUCCUAGAGUGUACUGUGCUUCGCUUUACUGUACCGCAGCUGAAUCUGGCAUUCUUACCGUCGCCCGUCCGGCAAAAAGUUGCAAGAAUCUGCCGCUCGCUGUGGACUGUGCAGUAAUGCCACCACAUCCGCACGCGAAAGGAAGAAGAUGGAGCUGAAGUGAAAUAGGCAGCCUCAUCCGUGCACGCCCUCGGCUUCCGAGUUCCGAGUUCCAAGCAUAUUGGGGUUGCUUUUAUCUUCUUUGUUUGGCAUGAUCCCUGGCCUGCCCUACGCCCAACUCAGCGAAGUGAUUGAUUCUGGCGCUCCUGCGCUCGAGCCUGACUCGCUGCCGAGCCCCCGCCCUCCAUGUUCUGCUUCUAUUCCAGCUCGCUCAUAUGAGCUGAGCUCCAGGGCCUCCGGAGCCACGCCUUCCUUCCUUCCUUCCUUCCUUCCACCCUCCCUCUCUCCCUUUUGACACCUGCUCGACGCGCCUUGCUUUUUCUCCCUUGCUGCGGCUUGCUUGCUCGCCUGCCUGCUUGCGGUUGUGCAUCCGCAGCGCUCGUCGUUUCGACAUGGGCAGGCCAGUUCCGCUGCAGCCAAAGGGCCGCCCUGUCGUCGUGGGCCUGCAGCCGGUGGCACUCAUUGAUCAUGUAGCUCGAGUGGAUUGGUCGCUGCUCCAGGACAUUCCGGGCGAGAGAGGCGGCUCCUUGAGGGUCACGGAGGAAGAGGUGGUGCGCAUUUUAGAGGAGGUGAAAGAGCACACCAUUCCAACCCCGGGAUCCGAAGUCAUCAAAGUUCUAGCGGGCGGUAGUGUGGCCAACACCAUAAGAGGCCUUUCUGGUGGGCUCAAGGUUCCAUGCUCAAUUGUGGGCGCUCGCGGCGAUGACGACCUCGGUCAGAUGUUUCAGCAAAACCUAGAGCAAGCAGGGGUUGAUCUAUCGAGCCUUCGAGUCAGCUCUGGAUCAACAGGACAGUGUGUCUGCCUGGUCGAUGAAGAUGGGAAUCGCACCAUGCGGCCUUGCCUUUCAGAUGCCAGCCAUUUACGAGCUGAGGAGAUCACACGUGAUGACUUCAAGGGUGCCAAGUGGGUAGUCCUGAAUGGAUACGGGUUUUACUGGCCAGACCUCACUGAGAAAGCAGUGGAACUAGCGAAGCAAGAAGGUGCACGGGUCGCGUUAGAUCUUGCGAGCUUUGAGGUUGUACGGAGGUCUCGUCCUCGCCUACUGAAGCUCUUGGAGUCACACAAAAUCGACUUGUGUUUCGCUAAUGAAGAUGAAGCUCGAGAACUCAUGAAAUCUGAAGGACUCGAGUCGCCAGAAGAGUGUCUAGAGUUUUUGGGAAAUUUUGUCGAGACUGCAGUUGUGAUGCUUGGACCGAAGGGAUGCAUAGCCCGACACGGCAAAGAGGUGACAAGAGUUGCAGCCAUUCAAGGUAUCAAGGCUAUCGAUACAACUGGAGCGGGAGAUCUGUUUGCCUGCGGGUUUUUGUAUGGAAUGAUUAAUGGGCUGUCGCUGGAAGCCUGCUGUAAGGUGGGGUGCUGCACUGGUGCAGGCGUCGUAUUAGGACUGGGUGGGGAGAUAGAUAGUGCAGCUUGGGAUUGGGUUUAUACCCAACUCCAACAACAUCACCUACCGGUCAGAGAGAAUAUCAUCAAAUCCUCUCAAAUGUUGAGACAAGAAUCUCCACAGGUAGAAGUACAAGUGUUAUAGACUGAUACAUCAAAUUCUGUUCUAGGAGAUUCAUCAAAUGAUGAACAUCCUUACUUCAAUUCUUAUUACAAUAGUGCGAAGAGCGUAGAUUCAGAUUUAGUUGGCAGUUUUUUUAUCGAAUGUACCUAGAUGGGCACUCCGAAGAGUGACACUGGUAAUUGGUUUAGGUCUACAUUCAAGUGAAUUCGAUUACAUUCACUUCUGGCAAGCAUUCUCUUUUUGAACAUGUGCACAUCUUGCACAAACUAUAUACAUCCAUUACGAAGGCUAGCCUCGAUGAGGACAAAUUACAAUUUCGGAAACUUGUUAAUUGCAGCCUUGAAAAUUUGUGAGAGAUGA